CUGCCGAGAGGCGUGUGCUGUAGUCUGGCCCUUCGGUUUUACUCUGUUUUUAUUCAAACGUGUCGCGGGUCGGAUUCUGAUUGGCACCCUGGACGGCGCAUGUGUAGUCGAUGUUCAUCCGAGAGCUGGCCGGCAGUUCAGUUUACCGUCAACCGUAGUUUAGAAACUUCACGUCCUGCACAGCUGCCCAACAUGGAUUCCUUGGAAGAGGAUCUGACCUGCUCCGUGUGUUAUUCCCUUUUUGACGAUCCCCGUGUCCUGCCAUGUUCUCAUACAUUUUGCAAGAGCUGCUUGCUGAAUGUCCUUCAAGUGUCUCUCAACUUCUCUAUAUGGCGGCCCGUAAGAAUUCCCCUGAAGUGCCCCAACUGCAGAAGCAUAGUAGACCUUCCUCCAUCAGGAGUCGACUCGCUGCCAGUUAAUGUAUCGUUGAGGGCCAUUAUUGAGAAAUAUCAAAGGGGCAGUGAACCCAGGUCAGCUCAGUGUUCACAGCACCCAAGGCAGCCACUGAACAUGUACUGCCUGCAGGAUCGACAGUUAAUUUGUGGGAUAUGCCUCACCAUAGGUGACCAUCAGGGUCACCCAAUUGAUGACCUAGAAGCUGCUUACAUCAAAGAAAGGAACACCCCUAGGAAGCUUGUGGAACAGCUGACUAAUGAGCGCUUUGCUGAAAUUGGCCUUUUGAUUGAAAAGCUAGAGCUUAAGAAAACAGUGUGUGAACAAACCAUCAAAGAGGAUGAAGAACUGGUCAUUAAGUACUUUGAAAAGCUCCAUCAAAUCUUAGAAGAGAAGAAGCAAGCCUUUUUGGCAUCGCUGGAAGAGGCCCAGUGCGAGUCAUCAGCAAAAUAUGAUCCACUCAUUGAAAACCUUAAAUACAUGAAGGAGGAGCAACAAGAACUUCUCUCGUGCAGGCCAGCUAUUGAAAAAGAGGAAUCUGCCCUUGUGUUUCUGGAGAAGAUUCACUUUUUUCGUACUAGAGUGGCCACUUUGACUGAAGCAAAGCUUCCUCCAAUUGAAAGUUUAGAGCUUUAUCCAAGAACAGAGGCAUUUUUGGAACAAACGUGGUCUGCCAUCACAGUCGGGGCUAUUGAGGAAGCACCAAUACCAAAAAUCAGUUUCUAUACCCAUAAAAACAGAGGAGACUUUGGCAGACCUGGAGUACUCCUGGGGGACUCACAGAUUUGUUUCCUUCUGCUCCUGUUUGCUAGCAUGAUUGUGUUGGCUGGAAUAGCCUUCAAUGUUGCUUUCCCUAGCUUUUCAGUUUUUCUUGACUUGGCCCAGAGUAUUUACCACAAAGUGUCUGGAUACUGUUACCUGAUUUCUGAAGCAAUGGCUCAUUUGCACACUAAUAUCAAAGGCUCCACGCCAAAAUUAAAAACUUUCUUUAUCGUUGUAAAGGAGUGCCUACAAGAUUUUGUGCCUGGUGGAAAAUAAUCCAUCAGUUAUUCCAUUUGAACAUGUUUACUCAGCACAAGUAAUAUAUGAAAAUGAACUCUUGGGAGGACUUGGCAAUGGCUUUUUGAAUCCAAAAAUCAGGUUUUCCCCAGAAGGGUAAUACCCACUAACAAGCCAUUCAUUUUCUUCUAAAACAUAUCCUUUCAACUGCAUCUUCACACCAUGCCAUAUGACACAUGCACUAACAACACUCGCCAACUUUUUCACUGCAUUCUCAGAAUAUCUUGGCUUGAGAAUGUUGAUCACUUUAGUCAGUCUCACCAUAUACCUGGAGCCAGGCCAGGAAAGGUGUAUGUGGGACUUCCAGCAUGGAGGUGUUUCUAUGAGAUGUUUACCAUUUGGCUGGUUGCUGGUGUGUGCUGACAUGUGUAACGGGUUUGAGAUGUUCACUUGGGGCCUCAUGUAUAAUGGUGUGUGCAGAAUUUGCACUAAAACAUGGCAUAUGGACAAAAACA